CUAAUCUCGCUUCUUCACUUUCUCCGCCUUUGUCUGAACUCUCUCUCUCUCUCUCUCUCUCUCUCUCUCCAAGCUCGGCUCCGAUCCGGCUAAGAUCCAGCUCCCACACUUUCUCUCUCCUCUUCGAUCUCCCUCUUUUCUUCUUUCAAAACUCUUACAAACUUUCUCAACACACGCAUCACCUUCACCCUCAAAUAUUGUACAGGUUGAAAGUGAAGAUCCGUACAGAUUGUUUCGAACAGUUGGUAGCUCACUUUUGACUGACUUCUCAUGCAGUUUGGGCUCCAGGCAAGUGUUGUUGGUGGGAAAACUGGAGGCUUAAUGGAUUGGAGUGUAAACAACUCAUACAAAAACCUAAAAGUAGAUAUGGAACCCAAAUCUGUGAUGGAUGUGGCACUCAUUCCAAUUAUGGAACCAAUAGACGGUGCACCUGGCACUUCAGACAAAGCGGAUCAUACAACAAAACCGAGAAAGAAGACAAUGACUUCUAUUUACCUUAAAUUCUUUGAAACAACAUCAGAUGGCAAGAAUCGAAAGUGCAAGUUCUGUGGUCAAAGCUAUUCAAUUUCUACAGCCACUGGCAAUUUGGGCAGGCACCUCAGCAACCGUCAUCCGGGGUAUGAUAAGUCCGAUGAUUCUGUCUCCACCCCAGUCUCGCAACCCAUUGUAGUAAAAAAGCCUCAAACCCAAGCCAAAGCGUCCCGUGUUGACUUUGACCAUCUAAACUGGCUGCUCACAAAAUGGCUCAUUUUAGCAUCUUUAUCUCCUUCAACAUUUGAAGAAAAAUGGCUAUCAAAUUCCUUCAAGUUCCUUAACCCAAACGUCCACAUUUGGUCUAGCGAAAAGUUCCAAGCGGUGCUAAACGAAGUUUUUAAAAGCAUGCGGGAAGACAUACGGUGCAUGUUAGCAAACGUUACUUCAAAAGUCUCUAUUACCCUCGAGUUUUGGACAUCAUACCAACAAAUCUUUUACAUGAGUGUUAGUUGUCAAUGGAUCGAUGAACAAUGGUCGUUUCACAGAUUACUACUCGAUAUUUCUCGCGUUCCUUCACCGUACGGCAGUUCAGAAAUUUAUCACACGUUAACCAAAGUUUUGAAACUUUAUACUCUAGAGAGUCGUAUUCUUUCAUGUACUCAUGAUAACAGUACAAAUGCGUUUCAUGCUUACCAUACUCUUAAAGAGGAUCUUGCUAGCCAAAAACCGAACCCUUUUUGCUACGUUCCAUGUGCUGCCCAUGCAUUGAGUUCGGUUAUAGAUGACGGUUUGAGAUCAACCAAAUCGGUAAUCGCAAAGAUUAGGGAGUUUGCUUUGGAGAUUAAUUCAUCGUCAGAGAUGAUAGAAGAAUUUAAUCAGUCGACAACAAAUUAUCAAGAAGGUAGCUGGAAAUUUCCUCUUGAUGUUUCGGCUAGAUGGAGUGGCACUUAUCAAAUGCUUGACAUUGUUCGUAAGGCAAGCAAAACUAUGGAAGCGAUUAUCAGGAAGCAUGACGAAACACUUGGUAGGUUGCUACUAAACUCAACAGAGAAGAACGCGAUAAAUCUGAUACACACGUAUCUUGAACCAUUCUACAAAACCACAAAUGACAUAUGCACAAACAAAUUACCAACCGUCGGAUUAGUUCUCUUCUUCAUGGAUCACAUUUCCGAGACUAUAGCCGCAUGCAGAGAAUCCCGUCACAGUCCAGACUGGCUUAAAAAUGCCGCAAUCGACAUGGGUACAAAAGUCAGAUGCUACAACGAUCAAGUUUCUAACAUUUUCACCUACAUGACUGCAAUCCUCGAUCCCCGUAUUAAAAUCGAGUUGAUUCCCGAAAGUCUAAACUUAGAUAACUAUCUUGAGGAAGCCAGGAGUCAUUUUGUGCGAAAUUACUCAACUACCCAUUUCUCGUCAGUGGCUACAUCUUACGGAAGUACCCAAGAGUUAGAAGAUGGAGGGAACAAUAAUGUGUCGUUUGCUGAGGAAAUCGCGCGUAAAAGACGAAGGGCAGCCAUGGGGACGGCAACCGAUGAGUUGACUCAGUAUUUAUCCGAACCCACGGCUCCCAUACCGACCGAUGUGUUAGAAUGGUGGAAAGUAAAUAGCACACGGUACCCACGAUUGUCUGUAAUGGCUCGGGAUUUCUUGGCGGUUCAAGCCACGUCAAUGGCACCGGAGGAUUUGUUUUGUAGUAAAGGGGAUGAAGUCGAAAGGGCGAAACAGUCGAUUCCAUAUUCGAGUAUUCAGUGUGUUCUUUGCAUUAGAUCAUGGAUCGAAUCUGGGAUGAAACUAAAAUAUAAAUCGACCGAGAUUGAUUAUGAGAGGUUGAUGGAGUUAGCAGGUGUGGGAGAGGAUGUAGCAGGGUGUUCUGAGAAGAAACAUAAAUAGGGUCAAAUGGGUUGGUUUGCUUUUUAGUGUUAACUAGAAAUACAACCCGCCGCAAUGCGGCGGAGAUUCUUUAGUUAUAACUAAGUCGAUUUAGGACGCGCACGUUAUGUUGAACCUA